AUGGUCGAGUUGAAGUCCACGCCGUCAAACAGCGAGUCGAUCUCGAUGUACGCCUGCGCCGAAGUGGACAGCGUCCGCUUGGCGCGUUCGCACGCCGUACGAAGACGACGCAGAGCUCGCUGGCUCGACGUCAUAUCCUUGCGGUGCUUACGUUUGAGCUCGGUCACGAAGAACUCGACCAGACGGUUGUCGAAGUCCUCACCGCCCAAGUUCGUGUCACCCGCCGUCGCCUUGACCUCGAAGAUCCCGUCUUCAAUAGUUAGCAGUGAGACGUCGAACGUGCCGCCUCCGAGAUCGAAGAUCAGCACGUUGUGCUCGCCUACUUUCUUUCGUUGA